UACCAGUUUAUACGAUAAAAGUACCAUAAGCGGCAGUACUAUUUUACAAGAACCGCGGUUCGUAAUUAUUUUUUUGUACAGUUUCGCGUCUGUUUGUUUUUGUUUAUAAUAAAUUGCACGAGUUUACUGUUUUAUGGUUUUGUGGGUGGUAGUUUUAUUAAGUUCCAAUUGUUAGGGUAACUAGGCAAUAAAAAACCAUGACGACCUGCAACUGCCCUGUAACCCAACCAGGGCCAACUCUAGCCUCGACAUGCGGUGGAGCUCCAUUUAUGCUGUUUAUGGGAUUGCUUGAGGUAUUUCUGAGGUCGCAAUGCGAUUUGGAAGAUCCAUGCGGUCGUCCAAAAUCCACACCCAUUUUAGACGAGUAUGAUUUCAUUGUUGUUGGGGCGGGAAGUGCGGGGGCGGUGGUGGCGAGCCGCCUCUCUGAGAUACCUGACUGGAAAGUUUUGUUAAUUGAAGCAGGAAAUGAUGAACCUACGGGGACACAGGUCCCAUCAAUGUUUUUAAAUUUUAUUGGCUCCGACAUUGAUUGGGCGUAUACUACUGAGCCUGAGAAGCAGGCGUGCUUGGCUGAAAAUGAGCAGCGAUGUUAUUGGCCUAGAGGCAAAGUAAUGGGUGGUACUUCGGUUAUGAAUGGAAUGAUGUACAUGCGCGGAUCACGCAAGGAUUAUAAUGAUUGGGAGGCAUUAGGAAAUGAUGGCUGGGGAUAUAACGACGUCCUUCCAUAUUUCCUUAAAAGCGAAGAUAACAAACAAGUGGAUAAAAUGGACAGAGGGUACCAUUCAGAGGGCGGACUUUUACAAGUCUCGCAGUUUCCUUAUCACCCUCCUUUAUCAAGGGCCAUUAUAAAAGCUGCUGAGGAAUUGGGACAGCCAAUCAGAGAUGUUAACGGUAUCUACCACACUGGGUUCCAAAUAGCGCAGACCACAAAUAGAAAUGGUUCAAGGUUGAGUACAGCGCGAGCAUUUAUUCGUCCCUUUAAAACUCGAGAAAAUCUGGAUAUUUUGAUGAAUUCCACUGUUACUAAAGUUUUAGUAAAUCCUCAAAGUAAACAGGCCUACGGGGUGGAGGUUUUGACUGAAGGAGGUAGUAAGGAGAUUUAUGCUACAAAGGAGGUUAUUGUCUCUGGGGGUGCCGUAAAUUCUCCGCAAAUUUUGCUACUUUCUGGGAUAGGACCAAAAAAUGAACUGGAACAAGUCAAAGUGCCUGUAGUCCACGACUUGCCAGGUGUGGGUAAAAAUUUACAAAACCAUGUGGCAUUUUUCCUAAAUUUCAAUAUCAAUGAUACUAAUACCGCUCCUUUAAAUUGGGCAACCGCAAUGGAAUAUUUACUAUUCAGAGAUGGACUAAUGAGCGGUACAGGAAUAUCUGAAGUGACUGGAUUUAUCAACACUAAAUAUAACGACCCGAAUCUGGACCAUCCAGAUAUUCAAUUCUUCUUUGGUGGUUUCUUAGCAAAUUGCGCCAAGACCGGUCAGGUCGGAGAGAGGGUCGAUAACGCAUCCAGACAAAUUCAAAUAAUUCCUGCUGUAUUACAUCCAAAAAGUAGAGGAGAGAUUCGGUUAAGGGAUGCCAAUCCCUUAAGCAAACCAAUGAUUUUUGCUAAUUAUUUUACUGAUAAUAAUGAUGUUAAAGUUAUGAUUGAGGGUAUAAGAUUUGCCUUGAGGUUAGCUGAAACUAAAGCUCUAAGGAGAUACGGGUUUCAACUGGAUAAAACACCGGUACAGGGGUGCGAAAGUUUGACAUUUGGAUCAGAUCCGUAUUGGGAGUGUGCGAUGAAACGACAAACCGGUCCAGAAAAUCAUCAAGCUGGAAGCUGUAAGAUGGGCCCUAGAAAUGAUCCUCUGGCCGUUUUGGCGCCUGAUUUAAGGGUGCAUGGGAUUGACAGACUACGAGUAAUAGAUACCAGUAUAAUGCCGAAAGUAACAACUGGCAAUACAAAUGCUCCCGCCAUAAUGAUUGGAGAAAAGGGGGCGGAUAUAAUUAAGGCGCGAUGGUUAACGCCUGCUCAGGGUUACUUUUAUUCGCAUAGCCCUCCAUUAGGUAGUAACAGGGUGGUGAGGCAGUGGAGUGAUGUACGAGGUUGGGCUCAAAGAUAAUGUAGCCUGUAUUUAUUAAAAAUAAUUAUUACAGUGCUGGAGAUUUGAAAUUGUUAUAUCGGUAGUGCGAUAAAACUGAAAAAGAGUUUUUCAAUUAUGUAUUACUUGUUCAAAUGUCUAAUACUAUAUUAUAAAAUAAUUUAUGGUUAUAAUUAUCUUAAAAGUAAUUUUCGAGUUUAAAAAGUAAUAAAAUUGUCAAAGAACUUGUUCUACUUUUGAAAAUAUUUAAUUAUAAUGCCAGUUAAGUAAGUAUAAAAAUAUUGCACAUGUAGUUCCUUUUUUUAAUGCAAUUUUGUACAUAUAUUAUGUAAAUUAUCGUAAUUUGUUUUGUGCUAUCGAUUGUAAAAAUGUGUUAUUGUAAUAAUAAUAGUGAUUAAAAAAAAUCUUUUUAAACCAAGCAAUUCUACUAAUUCUUAAAUACAAUUUAAUUGAUGUACAGUAUUACUGUGCCUAAAAUAAAUAGUAUAUUACAUAUCAA